UCACCUACUUGUGUCCAGAAAGAAAGAAAGAAAGAGAGAUAAAAAAGAAGUGGUGAUGAUAUUAUCAUCUAUUUGAGCAAAAGAAUUUUCACAGCUUUUUAUUUUUGGUUUUCCUUCAGAAUCUUUUCAUCAUUUAUGUGUAGUGUGUUGUGUACGAAUAAACAGAGACCAAACAACCUCUUUCUAACUGAAAACAGAGCAAACUAAAUCUUUUGUUUUCUGUCAGUAUUUUUACUUCAUACAAGUGUUUGCAACCCACCCAAAGUCAACUUCUUCCUUUAUUUCUUGAAAUCUCUCUACUAUUCUCAAGAAAUCUAGAUAAAUUAUAUAGGUCAUAUACACACCUCAAAGAAGCUUGUUCUUGCGGGUUCAUGUAGAACAAGUCUCUGAGAAAGUUGAGAAGUUUUGUUAAGCUUCUGGUGGAUUCAAGACUGAGUUGUAGAAAGAAAGAAAGAAAGGAAGAAAGAAAGAAGAGAUUCUAUUUAUAUGGAAGGUAGUGGCGGUGGUGGAGAUGGUGGUUUCUUACCCAAUCCUAGCUUUGGUGCAUUCCCUGAGACGGCUAUGGAUAUGGAUUUCAUGGAAGAACUCUUCUUUGAUGGAUGUUGGCUUGAGACAACAGAUGGUAAGAGCUUAAGGCAUACGGCUGGACAACCAGCUCCUAACUCUAUCAACUUGAACAACAACAACAACAACAACAACUCUUUCCCUUAUGGCUAUCAAUUUUCUGAGACCCCUUCUCAGGAUCAUAUCUCCAACGCAGAUACAGGGAGAAAGUUUCCUCCAAUAACACCAGGUUUUCUCAAGACCGAAGCUCUCACCAACCAGCCGAUGACUCAAGUACCUUUUGACCAGUCUGCAGCUAUGAGUUCUGCACAAGCAGAGAAGUUUCUCCUUGAAGAAACCGAGAGAGGCAGAAGAUAUUGGAUAGCUCCAAGAACAAGACAAGGCCCUUCUUCAUCUGUGAAAGAUAGACUGGUACAAGCUAUAAACGGUCUUGAGGUGCAGGAGAAAGACUUCCUCAUACAGAUAUGGGUGCCAAUUCAACAGGAGGGCAAGAACUUCCUUACCACUUCGGAGCAGCCACACUUCUUCAACCCAAAAUACUCUAGCCUUAAAAGAUACAGAGAUGUCUCAGUGUCUUAUAACUUCUUGGCUGAUGAGGACUCCAAGGAGUCUGUAGGUCUCCCUGGCCGUGUCUUCCUCGGGAAGCUACCUGAGUGGACACCUGAUGUCCGGUUCUUCAGAAGUGAAGAGUAUCCACGCAUCAAAGAAGCACAGAGAUGUGAUGUUCGUGGUUCAUUAGCCCUCCCUGUGUUUGAAAGUGGUAGUGGGACUUGUUUGGGUGUUGUUGAGAUUGUUACAACUACUCAGAAGAUGAAUUACAGACCUGAACUUGAGAAUAUCUGUAAAGCUCUUGAGGCUGUUAAUCUAAGAAGCUCAGCGAACUUGCAAUCUCCAAGCAGCGAGUUUCUGCAAGCCUACAAACAUUUCUACAGUGCUGUAAUACCUGAGGUAUCAGUCUUUCUGACAUCAGUCUGCAGAUCAUAUGAUCUGCCUCUAGCCUUAACGUGGGCGCCUUGCGCUAGGCAAGGCAGAGGUGGAUCCAGACAUUCUGAUGAGAACUUCUCAGAGUGUGUUUCAACUCUAGAUUCUGCAUGCUUUGUCCUAGACCAACAGAGUCAUAACUUCCAAGAGGCAUGCUCUGAACACCAUCUCCUUCAAGGUGAAGGCAUUGUGGGCAAAGCGUUCAAAGCGACCAAACUGUUCUUCGUACCCGAAGUAACUACUUUCAGCAAGACAAACUACCCUCUUGCACACCACGCUAAGAUCUCUGGCCUGCACGCCGCUUUAGCGGUCCCUUUGAAAAACAAAUUCAAUGGUUCGGUUGAGUUUGUGUUGGAGUUUUUCUUUCCUAAAAGCUGCCUUGACACCGAAGCGCAACAGGAAACGCUCAAGUCACUGUCUGUGACGCUCCAGCAGGAUUUCAGGAGCUUGCAUCUUGUCAUUGACAAAGAGAUGGAGCUUGAAGUUGUGUUUCCCGUUAGAGAGGAGCUACUAUUCUCAGAGAACACACUACGUGUUGAUGCAGAGACGGGAGAGAGUAUGAAACCAUUGCCUUUGGAAGAGAUCUCUCAGGAAGACUCCUCAUGGAUCUCCCACAUGAUAAAUGCUAACGAGAAGGGUAAAGGAGUGUCGCUUUCGUGGGAGUACCAGAAAGAAGAGCCGAAAGAAGAGUUCAUGCUGACAUCUGGCUGGGACAACAACAACAACAAUCACAGUAGCUUUCUAUCAGAUGCUGAUCAGUUUCAGAAGGCUUCAAACUCAGGUUUUGAUUCAGCUUCUUUUGGUGUGGGACAAUCACUGUUAGGAAGCAGAAGACCAGGUGAAAAGAGAAGAACAAAGACAGAAAAGACAAUAGGUUUAGAAGUUCUUAGACAAUACUUUGCAGGAAGCCUCAAAGAUGCAGCCAAGAGCAUUGGUGUUUGUCCAACCACAUUGAAAAGAAUAUGCAGGCAACAUGGGAUCACAAGAUGGCCUUCAAGGAAGAUCAAGAAAGUAGGGCACUCGUUAAAGAAACUCCAACUUGUGAUAGACUCUGUUCAAGGUGUUCAAGGCUCUAUCCAACUUGACUCAUUCUACACAAGUUUCCCUGAACUAAGCUCUCCGAAUAAUGUAUCUGGUUCUGGUACUGGCACUGGCACUUCCUUCAAGAAUCCUCUAACCGAGAACGGUGUUUCAGUACAGGGAAAUGCUGUGGCUCCAACCUCACCACCACCAUCCUCUUCUUGUAGCCACAGCUCUGGUUCAAGCACAUGCUGCUCAACUGGAGCUAAUCAAAGCACCAACACUGCAAAUACCUCAAACACUAUAUCCACCCUGAUGGCUGAAAAUGCUGGAGCAAUCUUGAAGAGAGCUCGUAGCGAAGUAAGACUCCGUACCGCGAACCAGGAGGAGGACACAAAGUUUCUCUCUAGAACACUUAGCCACAGAGCAUUCAGUGAGCAUCCUCCUCUUUUUAAGAAUCUACCUCGUAGCAGGAGCAGCUUGAAAGGAGCUGGAGGAGGAGGGGCAUCCAAAGUGAAAGCCUCGUUCGGCGAGGCCAAAGUACGGUUUACUUUGCUUCCAACAUGGGGGUUCAGAGAGUUGCAACAAGAGAUUGCUAGGCGUUUUAACAUAGAUAAUAAUAUUAUUGCAACGUUUGAUCUUAAAUACCUGGAUGAUGACAAAGAAUGGGUUCUUCUGACGUGUGAAGCGGAUCUUGAGGAAUGUAUCGACAUUUAUAGAUCAUCACAGAGCCGAACCAUCAAGAUUAGCGUUCAUGAAGCUUCUCAAGGGAAGCUGGGAGGCUCUUUUGGUAGCACCGGUCCUGUUCCGUUGCUAUAAUAAGCAUUCAGGUAAUGUUGCACGUUCCUGAAAACACACAAAGGAGGUUCUUUCUACUAAUUUAAUAGUGUUUUAGUUAUUACACAAACCAUUUUAUGGACUUUGGGGGAGGGGCAUCGUUUUGUAAACAUAAUUUCAGUGCUGCCAUUUUGCAAGGAGUUUGUAGUGUACUGGUUUUCUGCAUCGGCUUAGCAGAUUUUUUUUUUGUAUAAUAAGUCGAUUGCAUACCAAGAAACAUGCUCUUAUUAUGUAUUUUAUUUUCUGUAUAUCAUUUGUCAUUUGGAUUCUACUUAAACUCUGCAAGUAUGUCGUAUUGAAAUAUCUUUUAUAUGUUCUA